AUGUAUAUUAGCGCCCAAACAGCCUUACUUGGGCUGAUUUGUGUCUGCAUUGCUGGUGCCGUCAGGUAUGAGCCAAACUGGAAAUCAAUAGACUCGCGACCACUGCCCGAGUGGUUCGACAACGACAAGGUUGGAAUAUUUCUACACUGGGGAGUGUUCUCGGUCAUUUCAUAUAAAAAUGCGUGGUUUUGGCAUGACUGGAAAAUCAGCAAGGACCCGCAAAUGAUUGCAUUUAUGAACAAAAACUAUAGACCCGACUUCACGUACGCCGAUUUUGCCCAUAAAUUUACUGCUGAAUUUUAUGAGCCUGAUCGUUGGGCAGAAAUAUUCAAAGCAUCAGGGGCCAGAUACGUUGUACUGACCAGUAAACAUCACGAGGGUUUCACCUUGUGGCCAUCAAAAGUAUCCUGGAACUGGAACGCCAUGGACGUCGGCCCAAACCGGGAUCUAGUUGGUGACCUAGCUAAAGCGGUUCGGAAGGCGGACUUACGGUUUGGUUUAUAUCACUCACUUUACGAGUGGUUUAACCCUUUGUAUUUGGAGGACCAGGCUAACAAAUGGACAACUAACCGGUUUGUUACGCAAAAAGUUCGCCCUGGGUUAGAAGAGAUUGUGAACGCAUAUAAGCCGGACGUGAUUUGGUCGGACGGGGAUUGGGAAGCACCGGACACCUACUGGAAUAGCACAGACUUUCUCGCCUGGCUUUACAACGACAGUCCCGUUAAGGACACUGUUGUGACCAAUGAUCGAUGGGGUCAGGGUUUACAACAAAAGCAUGGUGGUUACUACUCGGGUCCGGACCGUAAUUUGCCAGAUGUGUUGCAAAAGCAUAAGUACGAGAACGCUAUGACUCUCGAUAAGAACGCCUGGACUUUCAGACGUGAAGUACAACUCAGCGACUUUAUUACCCCUCACGACCUCAUCGCUACACUCGUCCAGACUGUCAGUUGCAACGGAAACAUUCUGGUAAACGUGGGUCCGACACAUGACGGCCGCAUUGCACCCAUAUUUGAACAGAGACUCCGGGAGAUGGGCUCAUGGCUUGGCGUGAAUGGGGAGGCCAUAUAUGGCUCAAAACCCUGGACCCAUCAAAACGAUACAAUUACUCCACAUAUAUGGUUUACUAAAAAUGGCAAAUCAGACAAAACAGUGUACGCCUCGGUGUUGGACUGGCCGGAGAGCACCGGACACGUAGUGUUGGGCGCCGUUAAGUAUAGCACUGUAUCGUCGGUACAACUGCUGGGCCUUAAAGACCCGGCGCUUAAGUUUACUGAGGGUAAGGACGGCGCCACUAAUGUCCAGUUCCCGCCCGGUGUUAGUCCUGAGAGUGCCAUACGUUUUGCAUAUGUAUUGAAAAUUGUAUUGAAAUAA